UUGGCGAGUUUCCAUAUAUUAAACAUAAUGUGUUAUACGAUUCAGCAGGGUCAAAUCGUGCGCCAAUGAGGACGGUGGCCCAACUUAUUUGAUCGCCGCUAUCACAUCGAAACAAGAUGAAUGUCGCGUCAACCACGAGCCACAUCCUACACGACUCGCAGCAGCUGACGGCGCACUUGCCUGCGACAGAGACGCAUGCGACGCUGUACAAGAGCAUGCUGUCUGGUGCGGUGGCGGGGAUGGUGACGGACUCGUUGCUGUUACCGUUCGACACGGUGAACCUUCGGAUCAAGGUGCAGAUGGUGCCGCCUCCCAAGUACACUGGCAUCACACAUGCGUGGAAGACGAUCUUGCGCGAGGAGGGUGUAGCCGGGUUCUUUGGCGGGCUGGGCACGACCCUCAAGAUGGCGCCGAUCAACACGGCGAUCUACUACACGGCGUACGAGUUUGCAAAAACCACGAUCGCUUCCAUGGUGCCCAAGGAACACGAGCCAGUGGCGUUCUUCGCUGCCGGCGCCUUCAGCGAGCUCUGCAGCUCCGUCUCGAACGUUCCCACCGAAGUCAUGAAGGCCCGCAUGCAACUCGGUCGCAACCCCCACAAUGCAUCGGGGGGAUGGACUAAGGAAACUACCAACUACAGAGGCAUGGUGGAUGCCAUGACGUCGAUUGUACGGGCCGAAGGAAUUCGAGGUUUAUAUGCAGGCUACACUGCAUGUUUGGCCGUGGAUGCAUCGUACUCUGGGUUUGCGUUUUUGUUUUAUGAACUGCUCAAGGAACACCAUCGUGACUCGGUGCAACGACCCCCUACCGCCGUGGAAACCACAUGCAUUGGCGGGAUGGCCGGCGGCGCCGCCGCGUUCCUCACCAAUCCCCUCGACAUAAUGACCUUGCGACUGAUGACUCAGGGUAUAUAUAUAUAUAUUUGUUUAUUGGGUGUUCUACUCAUAAUUUCCUCCGGCGGUUGGUUGCAUCAACCGCCGAACAAUUGCCGUACCUUCGAAAUUUCAUAUAAAACCGAGUUGAAGAGCCAAUCAUACUCGUUUGCUCGAUGAGUUGGCGAUUUCAUCAACCCCCCAAAAUAGGCAAAUUUGACUGAAAAGCACAAUAUUUAUAAACUGUUAACAACACUAACCCUGUCGCAGGCAAUACAAAGCGAUACCGGGGACUAGCCCACUGCCUCCAAAAGUCACUAGCUGACGAAGGCGCGUCGAUUCUGUGGAAAGGAUCGGCCUGUCGAAUGAUGAGUGUCAUUCCAGGCACGGGUAUUUCAUUUGGAGUGUACGAAACCGUCAAGGCCAUGCUGAUAGAAGACGGCGACGACUUUUAAUAUAAAGCCACACCUUAAGUUAUAUAUGAACGUUCUACUAUGGCUGCA